CCUAAACUAAGAAGAGAUGGACUUCUGGGAUCAGGAUUAUUUCCGAGUUUCCAAGUUAACAUCAUGCUUGGUUGGACAAUGGCCAAAUCAAUCCGUGAAUGCGCUCAUUCGCUCGCGUGGAAUGUUAUUGACCCUGACUGUUAUUCACCUGAUACCAAGGGUGACAUUGCAAACAUUUGCUUUGAUUAGAGCUGUAGUCCUGCACAGGGAUGAUCCUGAAGUUAUUCUCGAUGCUACUGGGCCGUUCAUAAUUGAUACAGUAUUUGUGAUAAAAACCAUCAACAAUUGGUAUAAUUUCAAGAAGAUGAAGGCUCUAUUAACUAAGAUCAAAGAAAAUUGGAAAAUUUUCUCGGAGGACGAGUUGCAGAUUCUUCACCAGUACACCGCAUCGGGAAAGAGAUUGUCCAUCAUAUAUUUAGGAUCCGUAUUCAGUGGAGGAAUUAUAUUCGCGACAGGGCCGUUACAAUUACGACUUGUGCACAUAUUCAUCGAGACAAAUGAGACUCUACCCCUGUUUCCAACGCCAGUGGACUACGGGUCAAUAGAUGUUGACAAGUACUACUGGGGCCUGCUUUCGGUGUCAGAAGUUGCGACAUUUCUCAUUAUACUUAGUAUCAUCUCUUGUGACUUGUUGUUCUUCAUAUAUUCAUAUCACGUGUUUGGAUUGUUUGCAACACUGGGAUACGCCAUCGAACAUAUACCAAUUGAUAAUAAUCGUGAAUCUACGGAGGGAAUUCUGCACGUCCAGCGUUGCAUUCAGAUACAUUAUCAAGCUACCGAAUUUGCUGAAGAGCUUGAGGGACUCUACAUAUGGAACUUUCUCGCUGUCAUCGGACUCAAUAUGAUUAUCAUCAGCAUAACUGGUGUACAAAUCGCAAUCAACUUGGAUGCGACCGAAAAACUUAUCCAAUACGGUUCGCUAACAAUUUCUCAACUCGGACAUCUCUUUGUGGAAUGUCUGCUUGGUCAGCGUCUCAUAGAUCACAGCCUUGGUAUUCAAGAAAAUAUAUCGAAUGCGCAAUGGUACCACAGCUCAGUAAAGUCCCAAAAAAUGUUGAGUUUGCUUCUCAUGAGGAGUCAGCUGCCGUGUCAGCUGACAGCAGGAAAAUUCUUGGUCAUGAAUUUCCCGACAUUUAAUAUGAUCAUACGAACAUCCGCAUCGUACUUUACAAUUCUUCUGGCAACGCAGUAACAAGGACCCCUGAUUUAUACAAAAACUUCUCUAUUCAUGAUGAUGUCAGUCACAACUGUAAUGGAUAAUCAUCGAACGGCUAGGAAUAAUCAGUACUUGAGCCUAGAUGUAUUGGAUAUUGUUGGCCAACAAUUCGUGAGGAAUUAACCUA